UAAAGCAUUGCAUGAACUUUUCUCGGAUAGAGACACUCAUAUUACUUUGAACAGGACGCACUCCAUUUGAACAAAUAGGACUUUGUUUAUUCCACAAUCAGCCAAUCUGAUGCAUCUGGGCUUGGCCUCCUCCGCACCAAGUCAAGUUGCCUCUGCCACAGGCACAGUGUGCAGAAAGAAAGAAAGAUCAGAGCGAAGCAAGAUGAGGAGCCUUUUUCUCCUUCUCUUGGUUGCAUUAGCAUCUUUGGGAGAAAGCAAAGAGGGCAGUGAGCACCAUAAACGAGCCAAACGGGAAUCCUUGUCACGUUCCAAAAGAAGAUGGGUCCUGAAUACCAUAGAACUAGAAGAGGAAAUGGACGUGGAAUACCCGUACAAAAUUACUACGAUGCACAAUGACAAGACAGCAAAUGUAGAACAUCAUUUUGAAAUAAGUGUAGAAGAUGAUGAUAGCAAACUGUUCACCAUCAACAAAACAAGUGGAGAAGUUUACGUACAUAGGCGCCUCGACAGGGAAAAGACGCCCUCCUAUCACAUCACAUUUGACGUCUGGGAUAUAGGAGUUGCGAAAAAAAUUGACAAAGAACUAUCUUUUGAUGUGGAUGUAAAAGACAUAAACGACAACGCACCGAUGUUCACUAAUCAGUUUCAGAAAAGUUACGAUGUGAAGGAAAAUACGAAAGUGGGAGAUUACCUGCCAGUGUUGAUGGACGUUGUAGACUUAGAUCAGGAAGGCACAAUCAACUCAACAGUCGACGUCACUGUGGUUAAACAAAGCCCGGCUGAACCAAAGAUUGGAGUAAAGAAAAUUACUGAAAAACAACAUCAACUUAUAUCUGAAGGAUGCUUUGACUAUGAUAAAGCAAAACACUACUCAGUUGUUAUUAGUGCAUCAGAUCGUGGAAAGCCGCCUCUUUCCAGUACUGUGGCCGUUGAACUCAAUGUUAUUGACACAAACAGCCAUCGACCCAAGUUUAAGAAGAGACAGUAUGAAGCUGAGGCUGUGGAAAUGCAAACCCAUAAAGAUAUUUUAAGAGUUGCAGUAGAGGACAAGGACACUCCCAACACUGACGGCUGGCGAGCCAAGUACUCCAUUAUCAGCGGCAAUGAAGAUGAAGUCUACGCUAUUACCACUGACCCUGUAACAAAUGAAGGGAUCGUUGGUGUUGUCAAGGCAAAGAAUUUUGACAUAACCACCUUGGUAAAACUGCAAAUCGGAGUUGAGAAUGUUGAACCUUUAACAGUCUGUAAAGAUGGAAAAUUAAUUGAAGAUUUAAGCAGCCUUCCACCAAAAGAUUCUGUCAGCAUCACAGUGAAAAUGGUUGACACUAAUGACGCUCCGUUGUUUGAAAAAUAUACAGAAGAGGUAUACCAGACAGAGGAAUCAGAGAAAGGACAGGUGCUGUAUACUCCUAAGGUUAAAGAUGCUGAAUCCGAUAACAUCAGGUACGAACUGGUAGAAGACCCUGCUAAUUGGGUGACUGUUGAUGAAAAAACAGGAGUAAUCACAACAAUAGAAAAGAUGGAUAGAGAAUCACCCCAUGUAGAUGUGGACAGUACUUACAGAAUUGUUAUUGCUGCCAUAGAUGAUGGUUCACCUCCAGCCACAAGUACAUGCACAGUCAGUGUCCACCUCAGGGAUAUCAAUGAUAACACUCCUAAGCUGCUCAACAAUUCUGCCAUUUUGUGUUCAAACGAAGCUGACAAGGUCAUGGUGCGUGCUAAAGAUGCUGAUCUUGAGCCAUUCAGUGGGCCCUUCAGUUUCUCCUUGGCAGAUGAUAAAACUCUGAAAGAACGCUGGAAAAUCGAACCUGAAUAUGGUGAAGAAGUUAGCAUUAGAUUGCUGACAAAACUUCCCAACGCUAACUACUCAGUGCCACUGGUGAUUCAGGACAAGCAGAACCAACCUUCAACGGAGACUUUAUCCGUCGUGGUGUGUAACUGUAUCAAACCCGGUGUGUGCGCUGGACCGAAGCCUCUGUCAACUGCCAUCGGUAUUGCUGCCAUAGGACUAAUUAUUGCAGCACUCCUUGUUUUUCUGUUGCUGCUCCUUCUUUUGACGCGCAAACAAAAAACAUUUUUGAUGACUAAUCUGAAUGAUGAAUACAAACAGACAUUGAUGAAGUACAAUGAAGAAGGACUGGGCACUGAUUGCAAGGCUGAGCCCAACAUCUUAGCAUCAAAGACUACGGAGAGUAUAACAGACGGCAUCAAGCUGGGAAGCAUGCAGAACAUUGAGGCCACCCCAGGAAUGGCCCAAAAUAUGGGAUCAUGCUACAGAACAUACUCCGUCAUGAGCUCAAACAUGAACACAUGGGACUCUCAGCAGCAGGGAGGCAUGAAGAGGAAUUCCAGAGGCUCAACAUGGUCAUCCAACAGGAGGGGCACAUUUCAGGGCAACUCAACCUUUAAACGUUCUAUAAGUAGCUGGUCAGAUGGUCGUGUUAGCAGUCUACUGGAGAGGCGUCUUACAGUGACUGAUAGUAACCCAACAGAUAGUUCAGAUGACCAUGUGAAGAUGUAUCAAUAUGAGGGGAAUGGCAACAGUUGCAUGUCACUGGAUAUGCUGUCAUCUGACUACCAACAGGAUGAUUUAAGCUUUUUGGAUGAUCUCGGACCACAGUUCAAGACCUUGGAAAAGAUCAUUAUGGAAAAUAAAUCUGAAGUUCUUAAAGCAGAGAAGUCUGACAUUUGAAAAAAUGCUGGAGUCAAACAUUCAUCCCAAUUAAAUCUCUCAUACCCUCUAGCUUGGUGUUAAAAUGGAUACAAGUGGAUUUUUUCAUAGUUGCAUCAGCAUAAUAGCUGAUUUUUUUACAUAAUGUACAUAUACAUACACAUCAUGCACCUUUAAAGUCAAGUACUGCACAUUUGUAUUUGAACACUACACAGAGAUUGUGCGGUAAAGCAGCUGCAGUUUCCUUGCUGCCGUACGAAGCAGGUCAUGUUCUGUUGAUUAUGAAAAGUUGCUUUUUGUUAGAAAUUGGAUGUACUUGUUUGUGUCUUACUUUGUUAAAGCGAGCAAAAUUGGUUCAAUUUUCACAACAUACAUAUGAAUACUUGUGGACAUUGGGAUUUAAAAAAAAACAAUUUGUACAAUAUAUUAACUUUUUCUAAAGGGUUCUUUAUGAGGAUGAACAAAAAAACUGCGUAAAGUGAGUAAUGCUUUAUUAUUAAGCUGUAAACUUGUUCAUACAACGGUGAGGCUCUAGUGGGGAAAUAAUGCUGAACAUUUGACAAAAUUUCAUUUACUGCUUGUUUUGUGAUAUGAGCAAUUUAUAAUUCUUGUUAUGGAUUUUUUUAAGGAAAAGUACAUGUAUUAUUGACAUUGUUUAACAUUACGAAUAAAUAUUCACAGCAAUAGAAUGUGAAUGUGUUAAGCACUUUCUCCAGUUUCCAUCUGAACAAUAAGAACAUUUUAAUUGGGCUAUUUUGUGUUCUUGGCUCAUUAAGUUUGUUAAUAAUCACAGGUUAUAGAUCUGUGUCUCUUAUCUGCCGAGCUGAGUCAUUCACGAAAAACACAUAACGGUGCUUUCAGUUUGUACUCGAAAGUCAGGUUUUUAGUGGUCUUUUCUGGGAAUGCUAAAAGGAUGUUUCUGAAAGUUUGAAUUGAAACACCAACAACGUAAGGGGUUGCUAAGCCGCUGAGAGUUCAAUAUUCAACGUGGCUGUCAUACAAAAG